AUGAGUCAAGAUUUAUUUACGAACCCAUUUGGAAUUCCUCCACCAUCUGAUGAUUCUGAUGCUUCCUUAAGCCGUUUCAUAGCUGAAUUCUCACAGGCGAUUCCCCAGGAUCAGUUUGAUUCGUUUAGAAGCAAGUUGACGAGCCUUUAUGAAGCAGUUGCAUCCAAACUUCGAGGAGAGACUCGUCCACAAGAUGACAUGUCUGAAAUUCGUGGGAUGCUUCAAGAGCUUAGAGAAGAGAUGAUUCAAGGACAAAAUAGCCUCCAAGAAGGACAAAUAAGGCUAGAUGGGAAACUUGAUAAUUUGAACAAAAGUUUUCUGAAUAAUACGAGUGAUUUCUAUUUACAAUGCAGCAAAAUUGAUUCCAAAGUUAACAAGACAAGGACCUCAGCACAGAGAUCUGAAAACAUAAUUAAUAGAAAAGCCGCCAGGGAUACAAAACCGAUUCCAUUUGUUAAUGGACAGGAACCUCCUGCUGAGCUACCUGAGUUAAAAACUAUCUCCGACGUUGACAAUUUGAAUCCACAGCAACUGAAAACGUAUGCGGAGGGAUAUGGGUUUAAGUAUGACGAGAAUGAGCCCCAAAAGUCUCUUAAAAGAAAGAUAUCAGACUCUGCUGGUCUUAUUACGGCCCAUGAUACUAUAUUUAAUUUUUCAGGAGGUGAUGAAACCCUUCAAGAUGCAGAGAAUCAAACUAGUACACCAAAUCAAAGGGCAGGAAGAAUUAGAUCUCGUCGUUAUUAG